CUAGACAGGUCUGCCUUCUAUGUAAAUACGACUUAAUUUGAAUAAGUCUUAGUUAUUUUGUAUUUCUGAUGUAAUUUCGUGUUGAUAUUGGAGCAGAUUUUGCCACAAUUAGAUAGAAACCUCGAAGCGUUGAGAUGGAGAUUUUAGGCCUGAUAGAUAUACCUCUAUGGCUGAUCAUUAUUGUAUUUAUUAUAUUUACUGUUUAUAUGCUGUUUAUAAGACAGGGAGAAAAUGUCUUUAAAGGAACUGGUAUUAAAGGCCCGCCUGGUAGAUUUCUUUACAUAAACUCAAUGUUUAAAAAGGGUUUUGAGCAAUCUCAUAAAGACCUCACUGACGAAUAUGGACCUGUUGUAGGAGCUUACUUAGGACAGGUGCCCGCUGUUAUCGUUACAGAUCUUGAUAUAAUUAAACAGGUCUGUGUUAAAGAGGGCAGUUCGAACUUUGUUAACAGAUUGGAUGUUGCUCCAAUUCCGUCUACAUUUAGAGAAUCCAUGCAGUUUUUAAAAGAUGACCACUGGAAGUUUGUACGCGGUGUUGUUAGUCCCAGUUUAAGUACAGGCAAGAUGAAGGAUAUGGUGCCGUUGAUUCACAACUGCUGCGAGAUGUUGGUAAAAGCUAUCGAGAUGAAGUCAAAAAACGAUCCUAAUAUUGAUGUUAAACAGUUAUUUGCAUCGUACAGUAUGGAUACGAUAGCUAGUGUAGCUUUUGGUAUCGAGAUAAACUCUCAAGAAAAUCCCGACGAUCCGUUCAACAAGCAUGCGGCUAUUGUCAUGAACCAGAAAUGGUUGAUGAUAUUGAAUAUGAUUACAUUUAUAAUACCACCCUUAAAAGAUGUCGUCAACUGGAUAGACUAUUGGCCAGGUCAAAAUGGCAGUUUUAAGUUUUUCGUUGACGCAACUCAAAAGGUCAUGGAUGAAAGAAGAAAUGGCAAUGAGUCUCGAAAAGAUUUGAUUGAAUUGAUGUUGAAAGCUCAAAGUUCCUCAAGUGGUAAAGACAUCACGGACAAGGAUUACCAACCUUCAAAUUCUCAAGAAUGGAAAGAACGAGGUCUAACUGAUUCAGAGAUCCAAAGUCAAUCGAUGAUAUUUUUUCUGGCUGGAUAUGAAACUGUUUCUAGUAAUCUGAGUAUGGCCAGUUACGCGCUCGUUACCAACCCAGAAUGCCAAGAGAAAUUAAUACAAGAAAUAGAUGAGAAAUUGAAGGGAGCUCCACCAACCUAUGAAAGUGUAUUCGGAGGUUUACCAUACUUAGAUAAGUUUUUCUGUGAAGUUUUAAGAAUGUAUCCUCCUGCUCAGUUAACCAGCCGACAAACUAGUAAAGAUAUUACUAUUAAUGGAUAUAUGUUUAAAAGGGGAUUUGAUGUCCACAUACCAGUAUCAUUAUUACAUCAUAGUCCCGAUCACUGGACAGAUCCCGAGAAAUUUGAUCCCGAGAGGUUCACUGAGGAAGAAAAAAGCAAACGAAACCCAUAUUCGUACAUACCAUUCGGUGUUGGCCCUAGGAAUUGUGUUGCUCAGAGACUUGCUAUAAUGGAAACCAGAAUGGCCUUGGUGUCUAUUUUACAGAAAUACAGAGUUGUUAAAUCUGAUAAAUCACCGAUCCCUAUUGAAAUUACUCAGAUGGGAUUUACUAAACCCAAGGAAAUUCUUUACUUACAAUUUGAAAAGAGGUCCUAAUGGUGAACAGUGAGCAGCAGUUUUUAUUGGGGAGUAGAGGACCAAUGACCACCCACCUUUUUUUAAUUUCUAAGCAAAAUUUAUUUCCUUUCAUUGUCUGUGCUUGUAGCCCUACAUCGCUUCCUCCGAGAAAAAUUAAAUACAUGUAUAUAAACGCACAAUUGUUCACGAGCGGUAAAUAAAUUUCUUAUCGGAUUAAGCUGCAUCAGUAUAAUAAAUACAAUAUAUAUAUAAAGACAACCAAGCUUACAGAAAUGGAUUGAAAUUCUACCAAUUAAAGCUUUGGGCAGACAACAGUUAAAAAUUUGCCAAUAACUGAAUUUUGAAAUUUUCAAUGAGUUUUGAUAAAAAUGAUAUAAAUCGCCAGGAGAAACAAACCAAAUGAUGACGUUUGGUUAAAGUUGACAUGAGAUUAAUAAACCCAAAGGAUCCACUAUUUGCCACAGUUUUGGUAAAUUUUACACCUUCAGGUUGCUUAACCCUGAUAUCAAUUUCAGCUGAAGUCAACCUGUCCAAAGUCCUGAAUAUUGUAUAUUUUAGUUUUUGAAUGUUACUUGCAUACUAUUUCUACUAGUAUAGUUACCUUUGUGUAUAUAUUUUGCAUAGAUUAAAAUAUUAUUUUGUUUUUUUGCAU